AAUGUUAUUAUGGUUAAUCUUAAACCUAAGUGCUCUGCAUCAUCAAUGGCUAAAAUUGGGUUAUGUUACAGAUUCAUUGGUCUUGGUUAAUAUUUUACAAGCUAUCUAUGUAUUUGAUGGUGUAUUAAAUGAAGAAGGUGUUUUAACAAUGAUGGAUAUAACAACUGAUGGAUUUGGAUUCAUGCUUUCAUUUGGUGAUUUAGCAUUGGUUCCAUUCUCUUAUUCCUUACAAGCUAGAUAUUUAGCUGUGGAACCAAUACAUUUAGGUGAAAUUUAUACAACAAUUGUGUUAUUGAUAAGUUUUACAGGAUUUUACAUUUUUAAAGCUUCAAAUAAUGAAAAAUCAAAUUUCCGUCAAGGUAAAUUGAAUCAUUUAAAAUCAAUUCAAACCGAAAGAUCAACUAAAUUAUUAUGUGAUGGUUGGUGGGGGUUAAGUCAACAUAUAAAUUACUUUGGAGAUUGGUUACAUGCCCUAAGUUGGUGUUUAGCUACAGGUUUCAAAACUCCAUUAACUUAUUAUUAUGUCCUCUAUUUUGCAUCAUUAUUAUUGCAUAGACAAAGAAGGGAUGAAAUCAAAUGUAGAGAGAAAUAUGGUGAAGCAUGGAAACAAUAUGAAAAACAAGUUCCAUAUAAAAUCAUACCUUAUGUAUACUAAAAUAGUAUAGUUUUUUUUUAAUUUUGAUCAACAAAAUAUGGUAAUAUUAUUACAGCACCAAACAACCAACCGACCAAACACCUACACCUUCACACUCUCAUUGAGUCUUUUUAUUAUCAACUUUCUUUUCAAAUGAUCCAUAACUGAUAUCUAAAGAUAACAUCCAUUGAAGAGCACAAACCAAUAUGGCUAAUAGGAGAAAAGUCACUAUCAAACAAGAUAUGAUACCUGGAGUGAAAUAUUCAGGUUUAGCUAUUGUAGAAUUAUGAGCCAUUGUCAGUGUGGAUUUGAGUGACAACGUUGUUG